UGAAACCGCUGCUGCUGCGAAGUUCGUGAACGCCUCUAGCCACUACUGUGGAUCAGCAUGUGGCGCUUUGCACCGUCGUCGUCGCGAUUGCACCGCUUUCUGAUCUCGACCACUCUCAGAAGACCGGACGGCUGGCCUUUAUGGCGGACAGCUGUGAUGCCGCCCGCCUGCCGUCGCAGCAUGUCCACAGCGGCGCCCAGCAGCGACCCCCCGUCUGCAGCAGAGAGUUGCUCGAGCCCCUCGCCGCAGCCAGCGUCACCAGAUCUUGCAAGCAGUGGUGCGGCUGAUCAGAGGAAGGCCACGGGUGUGGUGAAUCUGAAGCUGACGCCGGAGCUGGAGGAGCGGUAUGGGUCGACAAAGAGGGAGAUCCACCUGAUUGACAGCAGGGACGCAUGUGAGGACUGGUACGGCGGGAAAGAGGGACACUCGGGGAUCGAGGAUGGGAUGGUCCUGGGAGCGUGUGUGUGUGUGGCGGAUGUGUGUGUGUGUCAGUCUGCCCGAGCUGAUCUCUGCGCCGGCGAUAGCUGUGGACUGCGAGGGCGUCAAUCUGGGCAGGUUUGGGCGGCUGUGCCUUAUCCAGAUAGCCGCGGGCGAUAGGGUGUUCCUAUUCGACUGCCUCAAGGAAGGGGUGAGCGACGUGACACACCCACUGCAGGGCCCCUGAUACAUGCAGUUUGUGUGUCUGUGUGCAGAUCAUGAACACAUUGGCUCCUGUUCUCUCCCAUGCGAACAUCGUCAAAGUGGUCGGUGGCACGUGAGAAGUCGACUCUGGAUGUGGGGAGGGAGCUGCUGUCUGUCUGUUUGUUCCCCCCCUCCAGAUGCAUGAUUGCCGCGAGGACAGCUCGGCGCUGCACAACCAGUACGGCAUUCAGCUGCAGAAUGUCUUCGACACACAGGUAAGGUGACGCCGCCCGCCCCUGCACACACACACACAUAUAUCAGCGCAUGUGUCUGUCUGUCUGCUGAUGUGUGUGUGUGUGUGUGUCAAAUCAUAUAUAUCAGGUGGCUCACUUUGCCUUGUUGGACCAGGAUGGGUUCGCCCCCUACCAGAUAUCCCUCAACGACCUCCUUCUCAAAGCUCUCAAACUCAGGUGCGUACCAUGGAUGAAUGGGUGGAUGCCUCGUGUGCGCCAUCUGUCUGUGGUGAUUCAUGCGGUGUGCCGUGAUGUGUUUGUCCCGCAGCAAUCGGCGCAAGUCGCCCAUCACGGCCAAGAUGGUGCGCGACCCCAACGUGUGGUACUACAGGCCCGUCUCGAGGGUGGGUGCACAGCACAGCACAUGGACGGACGCCCCCCCUGCUCAUAUCGAUCUCAUGAAUAAUGUGUUGGAUUGGAUUGGGUGCAGGAUUUGAUCGAGUAUGCGGUGCAGGAUGUGCUGCACCUCCUGCCGCUCAGACAGAGGCUCUGCGAAAUGCUCGGUAGGGAGGGAGGGGAGCAAGUGCGAUGGCGUGGCGCAUCGCAUAAGUCCCAUUGAUCGUUAUGUAUCUAUCGCUUUGUCUGUUGUAGACGACCUGCAUGGCUAUGGUGUGAUCCGGAGGAGCCGCAACUGGGUCAACUAUGCACACCUCAACCCGGUAUGCUAACGCCCAAGAGACCGCCCCUCCCUCCCCACUGGGCAUCUCGAUUUGCUGUCUGUCGGUGGGUCUGAUGCAGCACUUGAAGGCGCCCAACGACAUCGAGCAGAAGGGUCUGAAGGUGCAGGCCAUGUGUGUGGCCGCACACAGCACCUCGAUGUACUUCAAGCUUAACUGCGACAGACAGGGGGUGGUCUCACGGCCAGACACACUCCAGAGAUUCAAAGACGGUACGGUCGGCCCGGUCGGUCAAUCCGUGCAGUCAUGCAAUCCGGUCAUUGACAUGUACGCCUGUCUAUGUGUGUGUGUGUGGUGCAGUGAAGAUCGGCGACGUUGCUGAGUGCUUCGUCACAAACUGGAACCUCACUGGUCGGCCAGCCAGACACACGCGCGCGCACAUAGACCCACAAUACGACUGACAUGAGCGGAUGUGUCUGCUCUGCAGGAAACAUAGUGUUCCUGGACCGUUACGAGCCCAGCCUGAGCCACGUGACGCCCAACACACGCGUCAAGUACGAGUUCAAGAGCGACCUCGAGCCACAGCCAGAGGAGCAGCCCGACCGCCCCGUCGCCUACUCGUCCCUCUACAUCGUCACACGCAUGGCCGAGAAGCAGGCAGAGAUCGACUUCUACAAGGACGAGAAGAACCUCAGACAGAGGAUGGCCGAGCAGGCCGGGCAGCUCGGCGCCCCGCCCAUCAAGCUCGCCGACCCCGACCCGGCGAAGACGAAGCGCAUCACGCAGACGGUGGAGGAGUACCAGGCUGAGAGAAGGAAGCAGAUCGAGGAGGAGAGACGGCGGCUGAAAGAGGCGAGGGACGACCCCUUCUACGACCCCCUGCGGCAGAACCUCUAUGGCGACACGUUUUGGCGGUCAUUCUACGGUUUGGCGGGCAAGUACAAUCCGCAUGACGACCGGCCGCCGUCGCACAUGUACCAGAUCAUGAUGUUCGUGACGCCCGUGCUGACCCCUUUCCUCAUGCUGAUGUUCGUCGCCUUCACCGCCGACUCGCUAACGUACCCUUCCGAGGUCGUCUGCAGACGCACAUCCUACUGACAGACAGGAAACUGACUGGCCAGAUUAUGGGCUCGUUCCUGCCUGCCUGCCUGCCUGCCUUGCUGCCUGUGUGAGUGGGCGUGUGUAUGUGAUGGUCUUCUGGUGUGCACCGGGGGAUGGAACAGAGGGAGAGGGAGAGAGGGAGGCACUUCGGACUCGAUUGGAGUGUGGUGGUUUCUGCCAGUGAGUGUUCUCUUUCUACGUUUCUGUCUACACACCCGGUGUACCUGACCGCAGUUUGGUUCAGCUGCACUCGGUGUGGUGGGCGGGGCGAGAGAUGGGAAGCACGACACUGAUACGAACGAGAGACAUGCCUG